UGGACUUUACGCGCAAAAUAACAACCUAGAAUGAGUUUGUGCUGCUUUGUUUGAAGGUGGAGCAUAAAGGCCUGAUAGGAAACAGAAAAGGAGGAGAAACCAAACGUACCAAACAUCUGGGAGCAGCUCUUUCCUUUCUUUCUGUCUUUAACCACACCCACAGGCGCGUUUCUCUACUCCGCGCUGCUCUACCUGGAGAGGGAACCAAAUCCGCGCGUCAAGGGACCAGAACGACUCGGGAAGACGCACGAAACACAGCGGAUACGACGGUUUCAGACAGCUAUGGGUGCUGCUCUUCUGUCCACCUAAAGACAAACUCCAACCAGGACAGGGGCAAAGAGAAGAGAUUCUGGACCACCAGACUCAAAGAUGGACUGGAAGACCUUCCAAAACCUCCUCAGCGGGGUGAACAAGUACUCCACUGCGUUUGGACGGAUCUGGCUGUCGGUGGUGUUUGUGUUCCGGGUGAUGGUGUACGUGGUGGCAGCCGAGCGGGUUUGGGGUGAUGAGCAGAAGGACUUUGACUGCAACACCAAGCAGCCCGGUUGCGCCAACGUCUGCUACGACCACUUCUUCCCCAUUUCCCACAUCCGCCUGUGGGCGCUGCAGCUCAUCUUCGUCACGUGCCCGUCCUUCAUGGUGGUCAUGCACGUGGCGUACCGAGACGAGCGCGAGCGCAAGUACAGGGCCAAGCACGGCGAGGACUCCAAGCUGUACAACAACACGGGCAAGAAACAUGGCGGCUUGUGGUGGACCUAUCUGCUCAGCCUUUUCGUCAAGACGGGCAUCGAAGUUUCCUUCCUCUACAUCCUCCACCGAAUCUACGACAGCUUCUACCUGCCGAGGCUGGUCAAGUGUGACGUGUCUCCUUGUCCCAAUCUGGUGGACUGUUACAUCGGUCACCCCACAGAGAAGAAGGUCUUCACCUACUUCAUGGUGGGUGCCUCGGCCCUCUGCAUCGUCCUGAACAUCUGCGAGAUCAUUUAUCUCAUCUCCAAGCGCAUUGCCCGAUGUGUCAACAAGAUGAAAAGACGCCAUCAGCACGUGGCUGUGCGCUACGACGACUACAACAACGACAACUCCUACAACAACUACAACAUGUCCCUGACAAGGCAAGAGAAGAAGAAGCAGCUUCCGCCCUUGAAGAACUUCGAUAACACCCAGUACCGGCUUGCUCCUCUCCCCACGGAUGAGAAAAUCCGGGCCUCUGCUCCCAACUUGACCUUUACUUACAACUGAAAUGGCGCCAAAGACUCGGAACGAAACGCCGUCUUUGGCCGGAUCCCAGUUAGAAACUGGAAAAAUGGACUCAGAAUUGCGAGCCAAACCGUGUCAGACCCUGGAAGUUGAGUCAUCGCUUCUGGACUCGUCCCGCGGGACUGUGUCCACAUUUAAGACUCCAGGAAACGUUUGAACUCUGGUUUCCAAGAGAACACCCACAACAUUUACACGUCCUCUGUUAAAGUGGGUUUUUUAUGCAGUGAAUGUGUUUGUGUGACUUUUCAACUUCGUGUUUGUUAAAACGUAGGCAAGAGGAGGGAGGGAGGGAGGGAGCAGUCACACCUGGCGGAGGUAUUUACUCUACCUGCCCUGAGUGACGUGUCUGAGCACGUUACUGGUACUGAGAGUAUUCCAAACCCUUCAAAAGGGAUUCAUUUUAUUUAUGGUUUUAUUUUCAAACAGAGGAGGAAUGCAAACAAAAUGCUCCAGAGGUCAUAAAGAUAUGCCAAUUAACCCAGAAUAAUGAUUUUUUAUAGCAUUUAUCACAGAUAAAAUGAUUAAACGCUCCUAAAUUGUACUUUGAAAGUUGUUUCUCUUUCUCAGGUCUAACGCUGCACAUUCCUGUUUUGCAUAAAUUGUUUGGACGUGACAGUAAACAGCUCCGCCUGAUCCGAGACCAGCGUUGGUUUUGGUCAGGUGAGAGGAAUGUUAUCCAUGCUGAAGCAGAGGACAGCUGGAGAUGACCAAAGCUCAUUAUGGGAUGUCCACGCUGCUCACAAACGGACACGCACAUUAAUUUAAAUGCAGUUGGUGUUUAUAUUUGUUCUUUUUUUACAAUAAAUGUAAAAUAUAUGAAAACAAAA